AUGGAUAGUCGUUGGCAGGAAAAGCUUUAUUCUUCUUUUAAUUUGAACCCACUUGGAACUGAGCUUGUAUCUGAUGAUUUUCAGAGGUGUAAAACCGCUCCUGUGGAUCAAUCUCAAAACGAGCAUUUGUCUAGAGUAGACCAGAAUUUACAAAUGGAAAAAUCUGACUUGGAUGAAACUGUGCUUAGAAAUAUUAUGUACUGUUAUGAAUUUCUAGACUCAGCUGAUAAGGAAUACAUUAAUUCUGCUGAGGCUGAGGAGCAAAUUCGAAGAGUGCGAGAUGAAAACCCUCCGCUUUUUGAGUUAUUACUCGGUGUUCUUCAGGCAGUUUCUGAAUUUGAUUCCAAUGAUUCUGAUAUCGCAAAAAAUCUUUUCAUUAAACGACUUCGGAACCACAUCAAUACUCUCAAACCCGAUGACGAAUCUUGUGUUCAAGGCCUUAAAAAUCAAUCUAAUCCCAUUUCAGACUAUUUCAAACUAGUUAACUCUUUUGGAAGUCCUGGAAACUACAAAGACUUUGAUAAAAAUAAUAUAUUGGAAUCUGUGAAUUACUUUCUUCAGUCAAAUCUAUCAGUGAACUCAUCAGUUUCAGUCCCCGAUUCUGAAACCGUUUUUUGCCCUAAAUCCGAUUCAUAUUCCAAUCAAAACCAAUCAAAUGAUCAAAUGUUGGACAAUUUAGGCGAAGAAACUAUUUUGAACUCCUUUGAACAAGUUAAUUUUACUCCCUGUGUUAAUUCCUCAAAUGACUCGGUCGAGAACCCAUUUGAGAAAGUGAACCGAUUUGAAAACGUAAAAGAUUAUGUUAAAGUUCUGAACUCAAGUUCCAAUGUCAAUGAAUACAUUGUUUUUAAUUACAACAAGCAGCUCAACUGGGAAGAGACCUUGAGGGAACUUUGUUAA